CCCAAGAGCUCACCACCACCUCCAGUUUACUCCCCACCGCCGCCUAUACAGUCACCUCCCCCACCGCCCAAGAGCUCACCACCACCCGAGAGUUCACCACCACCUCCAGUUGUCUCCCCACCACCGCCCGUCCACUCACCUCCUCCACCACUUCCAGUUUUCUCCCCACCACCGCCUGUACAGUCACCUCCCCCACCACCCAAGAUCUCGCCACCACCUCCAUCACCUCCACCAUCACCUCCAGCUCUCUCUCCACCACCGCCUGUUCACUCACCACCACCACCAGUAUCAUCUCCUCCACCACCAGCUCCAUCACAAUCACCACCUCCGGCUGACGACUUCAUCCUCCCUCCAAUCUUGGGCUUCCAAUAUGCAUCACCACCACCGCCUUUUUUCCCGGGUUACUAAGGAGUAAGCCAUUAUCGUUUUUGUAUAUUUUGUCACCCGCACCAAUCUUAAAAACCACUAAAGCAACACACUUUGUUAAGAUUGUACGUUAAAUAUACGACCCCAAUCAGUUUGUAUUGCAAUUCACAUCAAUAAAAAUAAAUAAAAAAUCAUUACCA